GCAGAGAAUCAGUUUUGAAGUCGGUAUCAUCAUUGUAUCAUUUAUUGACCUUUUGAUUACUGCGCAGUUAUAAAUCCUGAAAUUCAUCGCCCACAUCGCCAUUACAACGAAGCAGCACGCCCCACUGCUUCUUCCUUCUUCGCUCCAUUUAAGCCCUUCGCCAACCCUUCUCUUCCACAAUCCUCUCUCGAUUCCUUGUUGGAGAUACACUCAUGGCCGAUCGAGAUCUGGAGCGAGGAGGCGGGACCAAGAACAGAGCAGACAACACCACAUAUUCUGCUUCUUCCUAUGUUUAUGACCCCGAAACCCAUUGGACAUCAUGGCUGGUUCCUAUGUUUGUUGUUGCCAAUGUUGCCGUUUUCAUUGUUACCAUGUAUAUCAAUAAUUGUCCCAAACAUCGGGUUUUUGAUGAUCAGCCCGAGUGUGUCGCUAGGUUUCUGGGAAGGCUAUCCUUCCAGCCUUUGCAGGAGAAUCCCCUGUUUGGCCCUUCUUCUAACACAUUAACAAACAUGGGAGGCCUUAAAUGGGAUAAAGUUGUGAAUCAUCAUCAGGGAUGGAGACUUGUCACUUGCAUUUGGUUACAUGCUGGAAUUAUUCAUUUGGCUGCAAACAUGUUGAGCCUUGUGUUCAUCGGCAUUCGCCUGGAACAACAAUUCGGGUUUCUGAGGAUCGGAGUCAUAUACCUGUUGUCUGGAUUCGCUGGAAGUGUCCUGUCUUCCUUAUUUUUGAGAAACAACAUCUCUGUUGGUGCUUCUGGUGCUCUUUUUGGACUUCUUGGAGCUAUGCUUUCUGAGCUUCUUACCAACUGGACUAUUUAUACGAAUAAGGCGGCAGCUUUGCUUACUCUUCUGGUUAUUGUUGUCAUCAACCUUGCCAUUGGCAUUUUGCCACAUGUCGACAACUUUGCUCAUAUCGGCGGAUUCCUGGCAGGGUUCCUCCUUGGCUUUAUCUUGCUGCCUCGCCCUCAAUUCGGGUGGUUGGAGCAGCGGCAUGUUCCCGCCAACGUCCAAAUCAAGUCAAAAUACAAGGCAUACCAAUAUGUUCUCUGGUUUCUCUCUCUUAUUCUCCUUAUUACUGGGUUAAUUAUUGCAUUGGUGAUGCUGUUCAGGAAGGAGAAUGGGUAUGAUCACUGCCAUUGGUGCCGGUACUUGAGCUGUGUUCCAACUUCAAAAUGGAAAUGUGAUGAGAGUUAAACAAAGAGAAGGCUCUCUCUUGUGAUGUUGAUGAGGGAUUCUUGCUUUUGCCUCUGUGUAAAGUUGUAGCUUUAGAAAGUGGGGUUGUUUAUCUUCUUUUCCUUAUUAUCAAAUUAUUGCUUUGUCAGUCUUUCUGGAUUUAUAUCGUUGGGUUUCAUAUAAAUUCUUAUUUGUACAUGGAAUCCUUUCUCUGGCUCAUUUCUGUCUCUGAUGCUAGCUUGUUUGUCUGUACUAGGCGCUCUCAAAAUCAUAUGAUUUUUCUUAGAUGUA